AUGGAUGCCUUCUCCGGCUACAACCAAAUCUUGAUGCACCCAAUUGACCAGGAGUACAUCUCCUUCAUCACCGACAGAAGAACUUAUCACUAUCGUGUUAUGUCAUUCGGCUUGAAGAAUGCCAGAGCAACUUACCAACGCUUGGUUAAUGUCGUCUUUCAACACCAGAUAGGUCAAAACAUGGAAGUCUACAUCGAUGACAUGCUAGUCAAGAGUAAACUCUCAUUGGAUCACUUGGCAGACCUGCGAAAGACCUUCAAAACCUUACGCAAAUAUCAGAUAAAGCUAAAUUCGGAGAAGUGCGCCUUCGGCGUGGGAUUUGGAAAGUUCUUGGGCUUUAUGGCUGUCGUCGAUUUUAUCUUGGAGUUCACCAAUCUCACUCCGAACAUACCUCCUCCGCUAGCACACUUCACCACUAAUGCAGAAGACCCCCACUCCUGGACCCUUAGUGUUGAUGGUUCAUCCUACAAAGAGGGUAGUGAAGCCGGUCUAAUCCUCACCACCCCAGAGGGUGGGUACUUCAAGUGUACCCUCUGUCUCCUGUUCGACGCAAGUAAUAAUGAGGUCGAGUAUGAGGCCUUGAUACUAGGUCUUCGACUAGCCAAAGACAUUGGUGUAAGUCAUAUCCACGUAUUCAGUGAUUCCCAAUUGAUUGUCAGACAGAUUACUAGGGAGUUCAACGCAAAGGAGGAGACGAUACGAGCAUACAGAGACAUUGCCCUUCCUCUUGUCCACCUCUUCAAUACUUUUCAGAUUAGACACAUCCCUUGGUCAGAAAACUCCAAGGCGGACAAAAUGACUCAAUUAGCCUCGGCUAACCAGUCAGACCUCAGCCAUGGCAUCCGCAUUGAAUACCUGACCCAUCCGGUGACUUCGCCAAACCCGCAGGAGGUCCACUUUCUCCAGAACGAACCUAUCACAUGGGCUCAAGACAUUAUUCCGUUUUUGACACGAGGGGAGUUGCCAGACGAUAAAUAG